UAAUAUAUCGUGAUUAUCUGAUAUAUUUUAAAUGACUAAUUCGAGUUAUUUUCGCUCGAAUUCUUGGCUUUAUAUUCUACCUAGUAACUACCUGCUAAGGUUUGUUAAAAGCCCUCGGAAAAGUAUGUGGUAGGUAAGGGACUACGUGUCACGCGACAGUAGGCGAUAAAGGACGUGGCUGGACCCUGGAUCCGGUUCACGGAUGCUUCUUUGGGGAUCGCGUUUGCGUGUAGGUUGUGCGUAUGUGUAUGUGUGCGUGGGUCCUACCCGAGGUCUACUAAGCUUGAGCAGGCACACCACAGCCAUGCUAUUUCCAACGAUCUUUGUGGGGGCAGUCCGGUGGCGGUCGCUGCGCUUUGAAGAGGCACAUGGUUUCGAGUUCCGCUUCGUAAGCAGAUGCCAUUGGUGCCGAGGAUCCGCGUUUAGUCUUUCGCUUCCUUUUUUCGCACUUUUACGCUUGUGAUCCUUGUGAAAUUCGUCAAACGACCGCGUGUAUUUCUCAAUUUGUUUCUUCGCAGGAUUUCCGGACAAACAUCGAUGGAGUAACGUAUUCAGCGUUCAUUAGAACAUGAUCGUUGAAAAACGCCUGUUAUUGCUCGUUCUCGCUCUCCGCUUCCUCUACGCGCUUUGCAACAAUGACGCACCUACGUCGAGGCAGACGAUCUCUUUGUCCACCGAAUCGCAUUAUGAUACCGGAGAUUCAACGGAGAACUUCGGGACGAUCUAUGAUUCUGGAUCUACGGAGAAUAAUUUCACGGAGAUCGAUGCAUCUAUUUAUGGAUUCGACAAACUCCUGACGAUUGUUUCCCAGUUGGACUCUACCGAUAGUAACGAUAGUGACAUUACUGAUACCACUACUGUACUCGAUAAGACUACUAUUGUAUCCCAUGAGACUACUACUGUAUUCGAUGAGACUACUACUGAUGUGACAACUUCCACUGAGAAUACGAUAAUCUGCGAUUCGUGGCCAGUAAACGCAAGCGCGGAUACUAGAGAGGUAGUGAACUUGAGGACGAAUAGUACAGGCACAAAAUGGAUCGCUCUUUCAUGGGAAUCCCCAUGCAACUACGACAUCUCCGUGCCAGUAAUAUACUCCAUCGAAAGAUGCGACAAAAACUGCAUUCAGAUUAAUGAGACUGAUACCCAUCAUAACGCUACCGAACUCGAACCGUGCACGCAGUAUACGUUUAAAGUGAAAAUCCUUAUCGAGAAUUUCUGGGAGUCUAAUGGAGUCUCGCUGACAAGCACAACGGGUCACGACAUUCCGGAAAUUGGGGACGUGGUCUACCUGAGCGUGUACGUCAUCAGCGUCGAAGCUAUUCAAUUAACUUGGCAGGCGCCUGCGGAGCACGUGAAAUGCAUAUCCAACUAUUCGAUUGCCCAGUGCAACGGGGGUUCUUGCGAAGAGACCACGGUCCACACCGUGGAGUACACCGCCAAUAAUCUCAAGCCGUGCACGGAUUAUUACUUCACUGUCAAAACGGUGACGCCGUCUGUGAAGUCUGUCGGUAUAAACCAGACUGCGAAGACAGCUUCGCCGAAAUUGUCGGCGCCGAAGUUCCUCCGUCUAAUACCAGGCAAUUUUUCCCUAACCGUUGAUUGGAAGCCACCGGACUCUGGUACAAACUGCCUGAAGCAUUAUACCAUAACUACGGAUCCCGAUAAGCAAACCGUCAAUACCACGAACACGAGGGUGACAAUUUCGCGUUUAUAUGCUUGUACGACGUAUCGGGUAUUCAUCAACGCUGUAAACGAGGAUGACCAGGAGGGGGAGAUGAUAGACAACAGCGAAACCACGCUUCCUAACGUAACGAAGCCACCAUUCACACAUACUCCAGGAAUACCAUCAAAUGUUAACAGACUGACAAUACUCUGGACGAUAUUAAAAGAAGACAAUCAUUGCAAUGUAUCAUCCAUAAUAACUAUAUGCAAUUAUACAGAGCAAUUAGGGAAAGGCUACCCGCCUAAAAAUAGCAUGUCCUCGACGAGAAUAAAACCCGAAUUUGCUGGGGAUUCUAUUAUCGUAUUAAAUACAACUGUAGAAGAAUUAAGUCCUUUCACGAGUUACACUUGUUGGGCACAAACCGUUAGUGAUGCAGGAAACAGUGAUUUAAGUGAGGGAGUCAAUGCCACAACGUUGGAGGCCGCGCCGUCUGAGCCGUCUGAAUUUUCCGUCAAAGACAUCACGGAUUCGGAAUUCACUUUGUCUUGGGGAGAACCGGAGUAUUUGCCCGGUAAUUUAGAAGACUUUGAAAUCACAAUCGAUUGGGAACCGCUGUACCCAAUUCCAGAUUGGUGUCACAAAGAGCCAGAUCGUCAUAUACAAUUUACUAUAAAAAAUGGAAGCGUGUUUGAACAUAAAUAUAAGGAGGCAAAGGCGUUCAUGAUUUAUAAUGUAUCGAUAAGAGCAAAAACAAAAGAAGAAUGGGGCAAUAAAACUGAGACUAAAACAUUUUCAAGCAGUAGCGGAGUUCCAGGGGCAAUCUCGAAAUUCAAUUCGUCGUCCAUUACGAUUAAAGAAAAUUUAAACGACACGAACGUCUUGGAUACAAUUCUAACAUGGGGCUUGCCGUGUUCGUUAAAUGGUGAAUUUGAAUUCUUUAACGUAUCGGGUCUUGGUACCAGAGUCGGAUAUCCACCUCAUUCGAUUUUCGUAAAGCAUGAAUGUACGGAUUCCAUUUCCAACGAUUACAUGUGUUGGAUAAAUCUAAACGAGUUGAACGGAGAAUAUACUUAUAAUUUCACGAUAUCCACCAAAGUCAAGAACGUUGAUACACUCGGACAACCAAUUAGCCAAAGCGUGGUAUAUCCUGCUGGCAUACCACCACAACCUGAGGACUCGGAUAUUAAAUCAAUCAUGCUGGAUCCGUACACGGCGAUCAGAACUACAACGACCGCCGUUAUUCUAUUGCCCAUAUUCCCCAAUACCAGUGGUGAUAUCAGGUUUUACGCGAUCAUGGUGGCGAAGAAGGAUUACAACGAUGUGCAAUCAAACACGCGGUUCGAUCUGAAGAACAUGCCCUGGCCCAAUACGUCCACUUGGAAAGAAGCGGAGAACAACGAUUUCACGAUCACGUAUCAAGCGACGAAAAAUGAAUGGAGUCCUUAUCCGGACCACAUCGUUGACUACGAUCACAUGAAAGCCGUCAGGUAUGUGAUCGGCGAGGACACCAACUGCAAAGAUGUCUCAUCCAACACCGAGAAACGGGUGCAUUGCAAUGGGCCACUUAAACCGGACACAUGGUACCACGUCAGAAUGAGGGCAUUCACUAACGGUGGUUAUGCCGAUUCCGCGAUAUUCACGAUAAAAACGAACUCAGAAGUGAAUGUCGCUCUCGUUAUUGGAGCUAUCUUUUGCAUUCUUUUCCUGGGGAUAGUGGUGACGAUGAUGUUGAUCGUGCGAAGAUGCUCGCCGCACAUAGUGUUACGAAGAUUUCUUCAUUCUGAUAUGCCUGGCUCACCCGUUCCCUUACCGUUCACCAGAAAGAAAUUCAUCAGCCACUGUCAAGAACUAGUGGACAAUCCUGGAAAGCUGAGCAAUGAAUUUCGUCUGCUUCAAACACUCAGUGUUGAUUUGCAGAUGCCCACGAACACGGCCUGCUUGCAGGCUAACCGAAAGAAAAAUCGCUACUCCGAUAUUUUACCCUAUGAUUUCUCAAGAGUAAAGCUGGAAGUGAUAGAUAAUGACCCUAACACGGAUUAUAUCAAUGCAUCAUUCAUAAAGGGAUAUUCGGGAGAAGAUGAAUAUAUAGCCUGUCAGGGUCCCAAGGAGGAAACCACUUACGAUUUUUGGAGGAUGGUGAAUCAGUAUAACAUUAAUAUUAUAGUUAUGCUGACGCAAUUGGUCGAGAAGGGCAAAGAAAAAUGUCAUCAAUACUAUCCGAUAAUAGGGGAAUCUUUUCGAUAUGAGAACAUGACGAUACGAUGUACGAGUGAAUUAGACUUCAGAACGCAUACUCAAAGAACGCUUGUAUUACAAAAGGAGAAUAAAAAAAGAAGCAUCACUCACCUGCAUUUUAAAGACUGGCCCGAUCACGAUGUUCCAGAAGAUUUCGAUGCAAUGAUUAAUUUUUGCCAAAUAAUGCGCCGAAAUAUUACCGCUAAUAAAGGCUUCAUCGUCGUUCAUUGCAGUGCAGGAAUUGGCAGAACAGGGACAUUAAUAGCAAUAGAUAUUCUUCUGCAACAAAUUAGAGAUAAUAGGAAAUUAGAUGUAUUCGGAACUGUAUAUAGAUUGCGACAUCAUAGAAUAAAUAUGGUACAAAGAGAAAGCCAAUACGCUUAUAUAUAUAAUUGUAUAAAACAAGUACUCAAAAACCCUUAUUUCUUAAAAACUUGUAAGUAUCUUUUACAUUACAAUAUUGAUGUAUAUUUUCUGCAAAAAAAUCUCACAUUAUCUUGCACUCUCAUAGACAAACCACCACCAGUCGAACCAAUAUAUGAAAACACCACUAAGAAAGUCAAAGAUACAACAAAUUCAGCAACUCUAGUCAACAAUCUUGAAAUAUUAAAAAAACAUAACUCCAUGGAAUCUCUGGAAUCAAUCUACAAUUUGUUUCCUUCAAGAAGCAUAACAAAUAGCGAUUUGAGGCAGUGUAAAUCAAUGGGUGCCAUAAAUAUAAAAACUCAUCACGCUAUCAUAGGAAAAUCUCGAACUUUGGAAUGUAUCUUUAAACCACUGAGAGAUUCGUCAUACAAGCUAAAUAGAGAAAGUUUACAGGAGAGUCUUCCAUUACUAACUUGUUCAAGGCCAGCUGAUGUACUUGACGACAGCAUACAAUAUGUAACAAAUGAUAUGUGAGAGACUGAAUUGUGUAUAAUUAUCCAUGUGUUAAGUUGAUCACCGAAUACAUAGAUAUUAGACCAAAGUAUAUGCUGUAAUUACGUGUAAAUAUAAUUAUGUAUAUAUAUAUUAAAAUAUAAGAUCAAAAUCUUGUUAGAAUAGAAUUAACGCUUCAUACUUCACGUAUUAUUUUUUUUUUUUUAUAAAUAAUCAAUUCUUUGUGUAAGCAUUUCCAUAUAAACGUACAUGCCAUCAGACAUCCCAAAAUAUAUUAUGUGAUACCGAG